UCAGAUAUGCGGCAGUAAAAGUUGUUUUGUCAUUCCUGCGUUACUGAGUAGAAUUUUGUGGAUAGCAUUGCUCCGUAAGAUUUCUCAGAAGUUCGAGUUCAGUUAUUUUUUUCUUAAAUAGUUACACAAAUUGAGCAGAACAUUCGAAUAGGAUGCCAUCAGAAAUCGCCACAACAAAGGUUGUUGUACACCCGUUGGUGCUACUCAGUGUUGUUGAUCAUUUCAAUCGAAUGGGAAAAAUCGGCAACCAAAAGCGAGUUGUCGGUGUGCUUCUAGGCUGCUGGAAAGCAAAGGGGGUUCUGGACGUGUCUAACAGUUUCGCCGUACCAUUCGACGAGGAUGACAAAGAUAAAUCGGUUUGGUUUUUGGAUCACGAUUAUCUGGAAAACAUGUACGGCAUGUUCAAAAAGGUCAACGCCCGGGAACGCGUAGUUGGAUGGUACCACACUGGUCCAAAGCUUUGCCAAAAUGAUAUUGCUAUCAACGAGCUUAUUCGUCGUUACUGUCCCAAUUCUGUGCUGGUUAUCAUCGAUGCCAAACCAAAAGAUCUGGGUCUUCCUACCGAGGCUUACAUAGCGGUCGAGGAGGUACAUGAUGAUGGUACUCCGACAUCGAAAACAUUUGAGCACGUCCCGAGCGAAAUCGGUGCCGAGGAAGCAGAAGAAGUUGGUGUCGAACACCUUUUGCGUGACAUCAAAGACACCACGGUUGGCAGUCUGUCUCAGAAAAUCACCAAUCAGUUGUUAGGAUUGAAAGGGUUAAACGCACAGUUGCGGGAUAUUAAGAACUAUCUGCUUAAGGUUGGCAAUGGACAACUUCCCAUUAAUCACCCAAUAGUGUAUCAGUUGCAGGACAUCCUGAACCUGUUGCCAGAUAUUACCCAGGAAUCGUUCACCGACACGUUGUACGUCAAAACAAAUGACCAGAUGUUGGUGGUGUAUUUGGCUUCGCUCGUACGGUCCAUUAUUGCACUGCAUAAUUUGAUCAACAAUAAGCUUACUAAUCGCGAUGCCGAGGAAGGCAAAAAAAACGAUGAUUCUAAGGACAAGAAGGACGGUAAAGAUAAAAGCGAGAAAGAUGGCGACAAAGAUAAAAAGAAGGACGAUAAGGAUAAGAAAGAAGAUAGUAAGAGUGAUAAAACGAAGGAUGAAAAAAAGAAGUAAAAUAGUUUGUCGCGCUACUUUCGGUUUUGCAAUUCAUGUGUAAUCUAAUAAAAAUAUAAACUAUAUUGAAAACUCGUUCGAAA